GACCCCUAUCUUGAAAUGGGUGCCAUACUGAUAAUUGUCUUCAUUCAAGAUAGCCUUGGAAUAAUUUUCUUGACAACUUGUACCAUGGUAUAUGUAUCAGAUGUCUGUCCAAGAUAUUACAGUAUGUCUGUUCAUUUACUUGGUUACGCUGUGCAAUCAAUUAAUUGGGAUCUACACCCAAAACGAUCAAUUUUGUUUUUUUUUUGUCAGAGAUAAAACGUGGAAACAGUCAUUAUUUUUGAAACUAAUUGGUAAUUUUGUCUUCUAUCCUUUUUCAGAUUCAUCUCAAUCGAACCAUGCAAGCGGAUGCUUCACAGGCGACAGCACAGUGCAGACAUCAACCGGUGAAACGCGGAAGCUCAGUGAACUGCAAAUCGGCGAGCAAGUACUUAGCGUGGACAGCUCAGGCAACACGGUGUACAGUGAAGUGAUCAUGUUCAUGGAUCGCGAUACCCACCAAAGUCGAGAAUUUGUCCAUAUUGAAGCCGACGGUGGUGCUCAUCUGACAGUUACUCCAGCCCACCUGGUUAUGGUGUGGCAGAAAAAUGAAGGCAAAUCUCUCUAUUUGUUUGCCGAUCGUAUACAGGAAGGUGACUACAUUUUAGUCAACAUCAACAGUACAAUAGAGCCCCGAAAGGUGCUGAGGAUAUCUGCGAAGCUAUCGCAGGGAGUGUACGCUCCAUUAACCAGAGAAGGUACAAUUGUGGUGGAUUCGAUAGCCGCUUCAUGCUAUGCUCUCAUUGACAGCCAAUCAGUGGCUCAUCUUAGUUUUCUGCCCUACAGAGCAGUGCAAAAAAUUAUGAAUCUAUUUAGGAGUAGUAGUCAAAGUCGAAACUUAAGCCUUCCUCGACAUGGAGGUAUCAACUGGUACGCCAAAACACUGUACGCGAUCAAAGACUUUGUCAUACCGAACGAUUGGCUCUACCACUAGCGAUGCAAAGAAACUCUUCCUCAUCGAUAAGUCUGCCAA